CUCUGACGCGCUCCAUAAUGGCGGUGCCCUUGUUACAAUGGGGACUGUUGUGGAUCACUAUUUAGCCAACUUCUCGUGAAGAACCGCGGAUUAUUCACACAGCUGUCUGUUUUUUGGGUGAUUAACUCCGACGGCUACAUGUUAAAGUCCAGUGCAGCGGGUCCAUCCACCGUUGCCUCUCCUCAGCCAAUGAAGGAAUUCAAGGAGAACUCAUCAGGCCAAGCAAUCCUGGACCACAUCAAGCCAUGCUGGUACUGGGACAAGAAGGAUUUAGCCCACACCCCCUCUCAGUCUGAAGGCCUGGACCCUGGCACAGAGGCUCGGUAUCGGAGAGAAGGAGCCCGCUUCAUUUUUGAUGUGGGGACAAGACUUGGCCUACACUAUGACACACUGGCUACUGGCAUCAUAUAUUUCCACCGCUUCUACAUGUUUCACUCCUUCAAGCAGUUUCCCAGAUAUGUGACAGGUGCUUGCUGUCUUUUUCUGGCUGGGAAAGUGGAGGAAACCCCAAAGAAGUGUAAAGACAUCAUCAAAACAGCGCGCAGCUUACUGAACGAUGUGCAGUUUGCCCAGUUUGGAGAUGAUCCGAAGGAAGAGGUGAUGGUGUUGGAGAGAAUUUUGCUCCAGACUAUCAAAUUUGACCUGCAGGUGGAGCACCCUUACAUGUUCCUGCUGCGAUACGUCAAGCAACUCAAAGGAGAGAAGAAUAAAGUGUGCAAGGUGCUACAAAUGGCGUGGACCUUUGUCAAUGACAGCCUGUGCACCAUGCUGUCCCUGCAGUGGGAACCAGAGAUCAUUGCGGUAGCCGUCAUGUACUUGGCUGGCCGCCUCUGUAAGUUUGACAUCCAGGAGUGGACCACCAAGCAGUCGUCACGCCGCUGGUGGGAGCAGUUUGUCCAGGACGUCCCAGUAGAGCUGCUUGAAGACAUCUGCCACCAGAUCCUGGAUCUGUACUCGCAGGGGAACAAGCCCAUCCCUCAGCAGAUACAGGAGAAGGAGAGGGCGUCUGCUCCUCAGGCCCCCAUUCCUCCAAUCCCACAGGGUGUACCACCAGCCCCUAACCCUCCGCCCCCACCACCAAAGAAGACUUCCCCUCAGGGAGGCAGCCCUGCACGCCAGCUCAAGCGCUCACAUACAUCCCCAAAAGAUGAACCAAAGGCUCCAGAACAAGUUGGAUCAAAGAUUCCUCGACUGGAGAGCCCGAUGCCUCCUCUGCCUACAUCGCAGCCUCCCCCAGACCGAAAAGCCCCCGCUCCCGCCCCGCCCACAGAAGCAGAGCCAUUAAAUGAAACCGCUCCUCCUCCGCCGCACGCUCCACCUCCACAUCAGCCUCCUCCCCUACCCCAUCGCCCUCCUCCACCUCCACCCUCCAACUACAUCAUGUCCACCAGCAGCUCCUACAUGUCCGGAGAAGGCUACCAGAGCCUGCAGUCAAUGAUGAAGACAGAAGGUCCCUCCUAUGCCCCCAUGCCGCCCAGCUACGCACCCCCAAUACCGCCAUAUCACCCCCACGUCUAUCCACCGCCUGCAGCACCACCUCCAGGCCCUCCACCUCCUCCUUCCAACUACCCACCACCCAACUUGCCACCAACGUAUCCGCCACCAGGCUACAACAACUACCCUCCACCACCACCUCCACGCAUGCCGCCAGGCCACGUACCCCCUCCAGUUAUAGGUCUCCCACCUGCUGGGUACCCUCCUCCACCCCCAGUGCCCCCAGGACAGUCACAGGUACCCCUGCCCCCGCCGCCUGGCAUGCCGAUGAAUCAUGGCGGGUGGAUGAGAUGAGAGUGAAACAACAAUCUAUGAACUGAAUCUGUGCAGAGCCACAGCUGGAGAUGGAAACAACAGGAAGUUGUGCGGAUGGUACAAACAGAUGGAGAGCUUGUUCACCUCCAGUAUGACUGUUUUUUUUUUUUCUUUUGUGGAGGAGGAUCUUAAUGAAGGUUACACAACAAAUGGACUUGAAAGGAAAAAUGAGGUCUGGACAGUUUUGUUAUGAGAACCUGAACCGGCGCUGAUAGACUACAGUCUCAGUCACUUACAGGACGGUACUUCAUCUGGUUCCAGGAUCUCGUAACAAACACUAUCCAGUCGUUAUUGUUCUGGAAAUGUACCAGGAAAUAUUCGCACCCUGAUUUUUGCUUUUAGUUUUGUCUCACAUGUUCAUUCAUUAAUUGUGGGGUGAUGAAAUGUAUUUUUUCUUUGAGUAGAUCAAAGGUUGACUCUUAUAUUUCCUUCUUUAGUCUAUCACCCUGAUGAUGUCUUUUAGUUGUCCUGAAUUUCCAGUCAUACCAGUGUCCUUUGCCCUGCAAUGUGUUUCUUUUGUCAACAUUCCCACCGUUCCUCUGAGAAAAACUAAUAAAAUCUAAAGAUGGUUGUACAAAUAUAAAAAGCACUAUCACACUGAGAUGUACAUGAAUAUACAGAUUGUUCAAACAGGCCGUAUAUCCUUGUUGUUAUAUUACUUUCUGUUCUGUGAAAACACUGAGGACAUGUUGCAAGAUGUUUCUGCUUCCACAGCUUUCAUUUUAUCACUACGCCACUUAUUUCCUGUUAUUUUUAGUGAAUCAGCACUGCAGACAGUAUUACAUGAACUAGAUACAGCAGAAACCCACCUUGUCUAACACUGGACAGUCAAAGGUAUAUUUGUACAUAUCUGUUUUUGUUUUUCAUCGAGGCAUUUCUUUUGGAGAGUUCCAUAUGUGCCUUAGUCAGGCUUCUCUUUUCUGUAUCCUGCACGCAGCUUUGGUUUUGUGUCUGAGUGGCACUUAGGACAAUAAAGACCUGCUUUUCCUACU